GGCACACAGCAACCAGUAAGCCAUCGCUCACACAGUCAGACCGACGCACUCACUAACACACACACACGGACACACAACUUCUCCAUACACGCCUUAGCCAUGGCUUCCGCUGCGCAGAAGAAGAUGACAAUUGUUUGCUUGAUGCUGCUGGCCGUCGUCGGCCAAAUCGUCGCUGAUGAUGAUGUUACCGUAGAACAUCCCAGCCGCAUCUGCACCGAAACGGUGAUUGAUCCUCGUGUUCCCAACAACGUGUGCAUCUGCUCCAAGAACUGCGCCUGUGCCGGCAAGUGUAUCCUUGAGUCGGCUGAUGCUGUCCAGACCUGCUUUGUCGACUGCGUCCUCAAGAACGACUGCAUCUGCAGCAACAAGAUCAUCCCCGGCGCUGACGACCCAAAGGCUAAUGCCAAGUGAAGUAGUACUGCUAUCAUCAUCUCCAAUAAUGGCGUACGUACCUAAAUAAACGACCUCCCAUGCAUGCACCAACGGGGAGAGUUAAGUGUGUAAUAAUUAACGGCCGGUAUGUCUGUACGACGUGUCUUGUUUGUAAUAAUAAACCCCUUGUUUUGUACGUGUAAAAAUAAACCACUGUCCACGCGCCU